AUGGCCAAUUCUUUAAGAAGAGAAGUACUAAAUCUUUAUAAAAAUCUGCUGUACCUUGGACGCGAUUAUCCAAAAAGAGCAGACUAUUUUAAAAGGCGCCUGAAGAAUGUUUUCCUUAAAAACAAAGAUGUGAAAGACCCAGAGAAGAUCAAAGAACUUAUUGGACGGGGCGAAUUUGUAAUGAAGGAGCUAGAAGCCUUAUAUUUCCUUAGGAAAUACAGAGCUAUGAAACAACGCUAUUAUUCAGAUACUAAGGAAACUAACUAAUCAUUACUAUAAUUUGACUCAAAACCAGUGCCAGCUGUUUGUGUAUAAUAUAAAAUUAAUCCUAACUUAAAUUACAACAUAUACAUAUCAUGUAAAAAAUACUUAAACUGCCUUAUUGAAAACUGGUUUCAACUUCAUUCUGAGAGCUGCAUCAGCAACCCUUUAUGCACAAUUUUAUACUAAAAUAGAAAUGUAGAUGUUGCCAACU